AUGGGCAACGCAGGCUGCUGCUCCAGCAGCAAGGACGGGGCGCCUGCCUACGAGGCCUUGUCAGCAAGCCCUGUCGGGCGCAAGAAGGCUCUUUUGGUGGGCAUCAACUACAAAAACACGGGCUCUGAAUUGCGAGGAUGCAUCAACGACGUGAACAACAUGCAGGCGAUCCUGAUCAAGCAGUAUGGUUUUAAGCUGGAGGACAUCCGAAUGAUCAACGAGGACCAGGAUCGCAGCUGCUGGCCCUUCAAAAAGGUGAUACUCGAUGGAAUGGACUGGCUAUACCGAGACGCACAAAGUGGGGACGUGCUCGUGUUCCACUACAGUGGUCACGGCUCGCAGUAUUCCCCUGAUGACAAGAGCAUGCCAGCAGACUGUAUUUGCCCGCUGGACCUUAUCAUCGAGCGGAAGUGGCCGGACCAUGUCAUCUUGGACACGGAAAUUCACGCCAAGCUAUACGAUCCUCUUCCACCGGGCUGCAAGGCCGUUUGCAUUUUUGACUGCUGCCACUCUGCCACUGUCGCAAACCUCGUUGAAACCAUGGUGGUGAAGGAAGGGCCCAUCACCGAGGCGAAGAAGAAGAAGCUGGUGAAGGAGCUGACACGCCAAAGGGACUCAGUUGCCACAGAGGUCCGCUUCUAUCGCGAGGUGAACUCAGGGAAGCUGGACAUAAAAAAGAAGAGCCGAGAGGAAAUGAUACAGCUGUUGGAGAAGCAUGCCUACCCCAAGAAAGGACCCUAUGGGCCCUAUUCAGAUCCUGCAACUGCGAACUACAACUACUUGAUGAGCAUUUCCAUCUCGGCAUUCUUCGAGGAUUCCGUGAAGAAGGCUGAGGCUCGACUGGAAGAGAAGGAAAAGGCGCUUGCCCACAUACAGAGCAUGAAGCCCGGCGAGGGCGCGGAAAUCUACAUCGGCAACCUUGAGCAGGAUCAACAAACCGCUUAUGGGCAGCGCCAUUCCGGAAAGGACAUCCGCAUUCGAUACCUGCCGCAGCCUGGAAGGGAGCAAGAAGCGCCGGAUUCGAGCAAAUCUUUUAGCAGCGCGGGGCUGAGCGGCGUCCUGACACAGUCCAAGUACAGGGACCAUCAGCUGUGGGUUUUCUCAGGCUGCCAGGACACGGAAACCAGUGAAGAUGCCCACGUGGAUGGGAGCUACCAGGGAGCCUUCACCUGGGCGCUUCUUAAGGCUUUGGAGGCAGAUGGCUUCAGAGAAAGCUACAGCAACUUGUUGGUCCAAAUCAAGACAUAUCUGGAGGGCGGGCGCUUCAAACAGGUGCCUGCACUGUCCACCACGCACAAGACGUACCUGGACCUGGGCUUUCUGGGUAAACUGAUUGAUGAUGGGCGGGACUCUUGA